AUGGCUGACCCAGAAGGACCUUUGGAUAUCAUUCCAAGGACAAAUUACUCGCCUUUACUUACAAUGGCCAACUACAACUCUAUCAAACAAAUGAUAGAUCAGGUCCUGAAUGAAGAUCAGGAAUAUGUUUCCUGGAAACUAAAAAGCUUGCGAACUGGUGGAACGAUGAACUCUCACAUGGAAGAUCUUAGUGGAAACGCUCAAAGCAACGAUCCAAGUAACUCUGAGCACCUUGUGUAUCAAGCCCAAAACAAACGCCGGCAUCCAAAUAGAAUAUCUAAAUCGAGACCUGAUAGAAUUAAUGAAGUGCCCAAGACUUCGCGAUUUCCGAGAGACUUUUAUUUAGAGAGCAUUGAAAAGAUCCCACUUCCAAGAGAAUUGGAUCAAGACGAGAAAUUCAAGCUUUUGGUUACCAAUCUAGAUGACGAACAAACCAACAGAUUUGAAGUUUUCCAUCGAACUUCACUAAAUAAAACGCAGGUUAAAAAGUUAGCAGGGCUUGUCAUAAACCAAAGCGUGACAGAAAAUAUCAGAGUCUUUUUGCAAGCUAUUGGUAAAAUGUAUGCAUGUGAAAUGAUAGAGUUGGCAUUAGAUGUUAGACAAAAAUGGUUCGUCAGUCUAAUGAUGGUUGAGUUUGAUCGCCGUAAGGUGGUCGGCAAAAAGCUAAAAAAGUAUUUAAAGAAGCUGACACUUUCAGUAGAACCUGAAAAUAAGGUAGAUGAAGAUUGUGAAGACAGCGUAAAUGAGAGUGAGUGUGAUUCCUAUUUUGAUGAUGAUGAGGCUGAAAUGAAAAGGAUUCGUAAGGGAAACGUUCUGCUGGGCGGUAAGGUAAAUACACCAGAAGGACGAUUGGGCCUCAUUGAGCACUAUAAUGAAUUGGUAAAAGAAUUUAAUCGGAUAGAUGUCAGUGUGGAAAAGUACGCCAACAGUCCUGUACUGCCUGAACAUAUCAGAGAAGCUUGGAGAUUAUAUCAAUUACAAAGUGAUAAACUGCCAUCGUCAAAGUGGAGAUCUCAGGGUGAAGGAAACGGUCAAAUGUUCAGAUGA